AAGAAAAAAGAGUCCCUGGAGGUUUUAGAUCUCGCCGUCUCCCCUCUCCCCUCUCCGAGAACCCUAGUUUCCCUCUUCGUGCGGCGGCGGCAACCAUGGACAAGAGCAUGCUCGGCGACCUCGACAACCUCCCCGACGAGGACAAGAUGCGCAUGUCCGCCAUGAUCGAACAGCUCCAGAUGCGUGACAGUCUACGGAUGUACAAUGCGCUGGUGGAGACGUGCUUCAAGGACUGUGUUGACACGUUCCGGAGGAAGACGCUGGACAAGCAAGAGGAGUCAUGUGUCCGCCGCUGUGCCGAGAAGUUCCUGAAGCACUCCAUGAGGGUCGGCAUGCGAUUUGCUGAGCUUAACCAAGGCGUUGCCACACCCGACUAAUCAAAUGAUGUGUCCCUGCCCCUUCAAGUUUCUAACAUUGCCCAUCUGGUCAGGAUCAGUUUGUAAUCCUUGAAAGUUUUCAGUACUUCAUGAACCCACUGCUACUUAUCAUGUUAAAAAUAAAAUUACUUGAACUAUUGUAUCGAAUCCUUCCUCCCGUUUAAGUGCCACAUUGUGCUAAUAGAUCAAUAUAUAUCCUUCCUUUGAUA